UGCAACUGAACAUAGUUAUCUCAUAUCCUGACAUCUAAUGCAAAAUAUGGGGUUUUGUUUGUUUGGAUGGAAAGAAAAUAAAGGAAAAGAAAAGAAAAGAAAAGAAUUUGAAAGAGGGACUCAAUUGUCUGUGCACGCCCACCAUUAACUUUUUUUCUUUUUUCUAUAUUUUUGGUUGAUGGUUUUAUGUGUCAGAUAUUAAUGGGGUUUUCUUUCAGAUUCCAGUGUUUGGCAACUUGGGUUGAAGCCUUUUUCAAUCCCAGCUGUCCGUUUUUUGUUGCAAGUAGUUGUUGGAGAUGGGACCAAUUUGACCCAUCUCUGCACCUUCUUUGUGAUAUUUUCAGGAUAACCCAUCAACAUCAGCCAUAAUUUCUAUGUCUACCCUUUCUCAAUUUUUAUUUGUUUCUUUAUUUUGGGUUUUUUCCUAAUCCCAAAUUUGUUUUCUCUUAAAGGUCAGCAAUUCACAAGAAGCCAAAUUUUGAAUUAUGGAGCAAAUCACCAUUGAAACCUUCACAUACUUUACCAUGCUUUGUGUUUUUCAUUGGAAGUGAUCUCUGGUUAAUCUACUCUGGCAUCUUCUGGUUCUGGUUGUUUCCAUUCAGUAAAAUUCUGCCUCCCACAAUUUAGCCAGCUAUAAAUUUUGUUCUCAACAAUACCCAGUAUUGGAUUUAUUUAGAUCCAAUUUCCUAGCACGAUUUCAGACAACUCGAGGUUUUAGAAUUGGGUUUAACAUAAAUUAUUGAGCACUUGGGCAGAGUUUCCCUUUUCUUUCUGUGGGUACUACACCAGCUAGUGAAUAUAACUAAGGCUAGAUGACUGUAGAUGAAGGGGUUAGUACCUCCUCAUGGACUCGAGAGCAGGAUAAAGCAUUUGAGAAUUCCUUGGCAACUCAUCCUGAGGAUUGUCCAGAUCGGUGGGAGAAGAUAGCGGCUGAUGUACCAGGGAAAACAGCAGAGGAAAUUCAACAUCACUAUGAGCUCUUGGUUGAAGAUGUUAACCAGAUUGAAUCUGGCUGUGUUCCUCUACCUUCCUACAAUUCUUCUUCAGAGGGUUCAUCGAGCCAUGUUGGUGAUGAAGGAGCUAGUAAGAAAGGGGGACAUAGUGGGCAAUAUAACAGCGAAUCUAACCAUGGAAGUAAAGCUAGAUCAGAUCAGGAACGUCGUAAAGGGAUUGCGUGGACAGAGGAAGAGCACAGAUUAUUUCUGCUGGGUUUGGAUAAAUAUGGGAAAGGGGAUUGGCGUAGUAUAUCACGCAACUUUGUUGUCACGAGAACACCUACCCAAGUUGCAAGUCAUGCACAGAAGUACUUCAUACGUUUGAAUUCUAUGAACAAAGACAGGAGGCGAUCUAGUAUUCACGAUAUAACGAGUGUUGGCAGUGGCGAGAUUGCUGGACCUCAAGGACCAAUCACUGGUCAAGCGAAUGGUUCUGCCGGAGGGCCCUCUGGAAAACCAUCCAAGCAACCUGCUCAACCUCCACCUGGGCCCCCAGGGGUUGGAAUGUAUGGCGCACCAUCUAUUGGACAACCAAUAGGGCCCCUUGUAUCAGCAGUUGGCACCCCAGUAAAUCUUCCUGCCCCUCCACAAAUGGCGUAUGGUGUUAGAGCACCUGUAGCCGGAACUGUAGUUCCUGGUGCUCCAAUGAACAUGGGUCCCAUGCCAUAUCCAAUGCCGCAUACAACCGCUCAUAGGUAACCUUGUUAAAUUGCAAACUGUACAAAGGACAGACUUACUAGCUUGGGUCCUUCUUGGGACAUAGCGAACAUUCUCCUUUGAGCUUGAACAUUUAGCUUAUUUUCAAGCACAAGUUUAAAUCCUGAUGUUUCACUAUCAUUUGUCUAUUCUUGUAUCAAAAUAAGCCACAUGGGGAAGAAACCACAAGAAUCUGUACAGGCAAUUCUGAAAGAGGUGGCAAUAUUUAUGGUCAAAGACAAAUAUUUUAGUUUUUUUUUUUCCUUUUUCAUCUUAUAGACAUGAAUAGGAAAUUACUAGUCAUGGUGGUAGUCAGUUCUGAAAAGUAGUAUCAUUGCAAAAGUUGUAAAGAACCGCCUUUUAGCUUGUUACUGGUAGCACAUUCAAGUUAGUAGGUUUGAUAUUUUUUCUUUUCUUUAAAGUAUUAUUUAUUCAACCUUUUCUUUCGAUAA